AUGUCAUCACCAAUUAAUAAACCAAACUUAUCCAUAAAAACACAACAGCAACAAUAUUCAAUCGAUCCAAUAAACGAAUCAUCAUUAUCGUCAUCAAUUCAUAAUGCAACUUUACAAGAUAUAGCCAUCGGAAUAAAUAAGAUUGAAAACAUUUUACUUGAUUUUACCAAGCAAAUGUCUUUACUUAAUGAAAACAUUUCUCAAAUAAUAAUAAACCAAUCACCACUAUCACCACUUCCUCAACAACAAAGAAAUCGAAAAAGAAGCCAAAAUGUGGCUGUUAUUACUGAGCGAAAUGAAGCAUGUAUUAAAAAAGUUAUGGAUAAAAAAGAAAAUCUCAAGAGUUUUGAUUUUUCAAAGCGAGAUUUACAAAAUCUUGACAAGGAAUUGGAUGAUCCAAUCGAUAAAUUUGAAAAUAUGAGACUUAGACCAGAAUUACUCCGAGGAAUUUUAAAUUUUGGAGGAAUCCCACUGUUACUUAAUGGAUUAGACGUUAUAGCGCAAACACAAAUAGGACAAGAGAAAAUAGCAACAUAUUCAAUAACGAUUUUACAAAACAUUGAAAUAUCAAAUUAUAAAUGUCAGGCCUUAAUAGUUACAUCAACAAUUGAAUCAGCGGAGCAGAUUUAUCAAUUCAUUCUCGGCGUAUCCAAUUUAAUGACAAACUUGGAAUGCUUUAUGUGUACUGGAGGAGCAAACAACGAUGAAGAUGUUAGAGAAAUAAUGAAAUUGAAACCACAUAUAAUUAUUGGUACUUGGAAUCGAAUAUAUGAUUUGGUUAAUUUGAAAUCAAUUGAUUUAUCUUAUCUAAAGAUCUUUGUAAUCGAUGAAUUAGACAUGCUAAUUCAACAAGGAUUUAAAGAUCAAGCAAUUGAGAUCAGACAACAAUUGCCAUUCACGACUAUUUUACAAACAUUAUUAUUUACAUCAAAUAUUACAUCAGAAAUGAUGGAUUUUAGUAAUGUGUUGAAAAUGAGAGAACCAAUCAAGAUGUUGGUUAGGAAAUCAAAUGAUCAAAAAUUAUUAAGUUCACCACCAUUAACAUCAAUACCAUUAUCACUACCAUUACCAUCAUCGCCACCGCCACCUCCGCCAAAAUCAUCAUCUACUUCUAUUAAUAACACUAAUAAUAAUAAUAAUAAUAAUUUAAAUGUUAGUGCCAGUAACUUUAAUAAUAAAAGAAUUUCCAAAGUUAUUAUAAAUGCUCCUCCUAUUACAAAUAGCAAUAUCAAUAACAACAAUAAUAAUAUUAUAUCAUCGACAGUGAAUAAACUCAAGAAUAAUAAUAAUUUACAAAGUUUACAGAAAUUACAUGAACAACAAAGAAAAUACAAUGAAAUGAAAAUAUCUAUAAAACAAUAUUAUCGUUAUAUAGCAAUGGAUAAGGGUGAUUGGAAAUUGGAGACGUUAAAUGAUUUUUUUGAUGACAUUAAAAACCUUCAAACAAUAAUUUAUUGUAAUAAAGAAAAAACAAUUGAAAAAAUAUGUUAUAAAUUGGCAUUAAAAAAUUUGGAAACUCAUGAAGAAAUGACGUCAACACAACGUGAAUCUAUUUUAACAAAGUUUUUAACAAAUAAAGUUCGAAUAUUAGUUACAACUUGUGUACUAAUACAAGGGAAUGAUAUAUGUGAAUUUAUACCUUUGAUAAUAAAUUAUGACUUGCCAGCUUCGCCUGAAAUUUAUGGGCAAAGAAUUUCAUGUGCAUCAUCUAAUACUAAACAAGGCAUAGUGAUUUCAAUUAUUAACUCGAGAUCAAAAGAAAUGGGAAAGUUGAGAAAUAUUGAAGAAUUUUAUAAAUUUAAAAUGCUUGAAAUGCCUGAUAACUUCACUACUGAAAUUUUUGCUUUUGAAUUAAUGCUUGAAAUCCUUUUAUCAAAGUUAAUUGAGAUGAAAACUGAAAAUUUUACGCAGAACAGUGAAAAAAUUUAG